AUGGAGAGUAGCUUGCUUUACCAAGCUGCCCGGAAAGGGAAUGUCGCGGCAUUAAGCGAACUUCAACUAGAUAAUUUAAUUCUCGACAAGUUCUUCAUCAAUAAUAGUUUUUCUGAGACACCUCUUCAUGUGUUAGCUAUGCUCGGUCAUGUAGAUUUUGUGAAGGAGCUCCUCAAUCACAAGCCCGAACUCGCCAAGGAACUUGACAUGUGGCGUUGCACGCUGCUCCACUUGGCAGUGGCGAACGACCACCUUGAAACAGUCAACCUAUUACUUUCAGUCGUUGAUUGUGAACUCUUGUGCACGACUUGGGAUGAAGAAGAAAGAAACCCUCUUCAUCUUGCUGCCAUGAGAGGGCGAAUUGAUGUGUUGAGGGAGCUACUCAAAGUAGCUCCUAAGGCUGGUCAAGUCGGUUUGAAGGGUCAAAGUGGGACCAUUUUGUAUGUUUGUGUCAGGUAUAAUCAGUUGGAAGCUAUGAAACUUUUGAUGGAUGUUAUAGAUGAUUACCAAUUUUGUGAAUGCCAAAGAUGA